AGGACGAAGAGAGAGUGAGAGAGGAGAGGGGUGAGGUGGCAGUUAUAGAUAGCCAGAGAAAGGGAAGGAAGGAGGGAUAUUCACGGUUUCAGAAUCAUAUAAGAUAAUUCACGAUAUCCUUCCUUUCUGAACAAUCAUUGCAGAUAGUGAUGAACAGAAAAAAAUGUGCGUGUGGUAAUAGUAAAAAAUGAAAAAAAAAUCAGUUUCCUCGUCCUCCUGAAAUUGUCAUAGGGAAAGAAAUUCCUGAAACAAACGAAAUUAUCCAAACAUUACAUCCUAUAUGUGAAAUGAAGACGAUACGAGUAAACACGGUUAUAUUAGUAAAGGAAAUCGCUAUACAACAGUCUUAAAUGUUAUUGAAAUUGAUGAUACCACAUUAUAAUGUUAUUCAUAUAUUUGUUUACUGAGGACAUCCUGCUCUCCGUGUAUCAAGGAGUGGUCGCUUCGUCAUCGUAAAGGAAUGAAAAUUAGUAAAAAAAAUAACCGCAGAACCUUGGAAGAUGAAUUACCACUGUCGUAUAUAAACAGAAAAAUCGUAGUCCUGUAUGGCAGAUAUCCCUCCGACAUUUAGCACGAUGAAGGCGCUGUUGUUCUUAACCGUGGCAGCUGUGGCAGUAAGUCACACCAGUAGGGUGGAUUUGAGGUAUGGUGGCAGCGAAUACCACUUCUCCUGGCGCCACGACGGAGACCAGAAGUACCCGUGGGGAGCCGCGAACAGGUACUGCGCCAACCUCGGCUAUGGAUGGCAGGGCGUCAGCAUCGAGAGCUAUCUGGAAGACAGGAUCAUCGCCAGCAUCAUUGCACAAGACGAAGUGAAGUACAUCUGGACAGGAGGUUACCGCAGCGGCUACCAGUGGUAUUGGUCCUCCGGUCUCCCCUUCUACGGACUCAAUUGGUCCCACACUGGAGGCAACGGGUACCCUCAGCCCGACAACCGCGAGGACGGCCGCGAGUUCUGCCUGGCGGUCCUCAACAACUUCUACAACGACGGCAUCCGCUGGCACGACGUCGCCUGCUACCACGAGAAGCCCAUCGUGUGCGAACGGCGCGUCGGCUUCUACGGCUGAGGCAGAUGGCGACACCUGGCAGCUCCGAUCAAAUCAAAAUGAAUCGUCUGCAAGCACUAGAUUGAAAACUCCAAAGAAUAUUGAAAAUUGUGUGUAAGAUGGGAUAAAUAUUUGUGUGUGUGUGUGUGUGUGUGUGUGCGUGUGCGUGUGCGUGUGCGUGUGCGUGUGCGUGUGUG